AUGGUUGUAAUUACGAGUUGUGAUGACAAUGUUGCUGCUACAAGCAAUGAAAUUGUGGUGGCUGAUGAACAUCCUAGUAAAGUUUCAUCAGAUGUGAGCAACAUCAUUGUUGAACAACAUCCUGAACUGACUGAAACGAAUGAAUGUUUGGUGGAGCCAAGAGUUAGCCCACCACUUGAAAACAUGCCAGAAGUUUACGAAGGCAGAGAUCACAAGAGGUCAAUGAGUGGUACUGAUGAGGAUGAUUCUAUUCAAAAGAGAACCAAGUUCAUCGAUCCUUCCAUUCAACAGGAACCAUUAGUUGAAGUUCGCGAAAACUCUGGCUCAAGUGAUUGUGAAGAGACAUUUAUGGAUGCUGAAGAUGCUGAAGAUGGUGAAGAUGUUGAUGAUGAUGUUGAAGAUGGUGAUGAUGAUAUUGAAGAUGGGGAAGAUUCAAGCCAAACAUUUGUUUUUGAUGAACUGGACUUUAGAGGCGUCCUCUUAGUGAAAGAGUCUUUAAGGCUUUUCAAUGUUCAGACACUUGAAGAAUCUUAUUAUAAGAAUAAACGCGCUGUGAGGAGAAAGAACAAUGGGCUAACUGAGGCUUUUCUAACUGCCAAGGUUGAAAAAUAUAGGAAUGUUGAGAAGCAAAUUCCUGGACUUACAACAUCUAAAUAUCUCAUAGAACAACUUCAGGAAAUGGCCAAAUUGGGAAUGGAUAAGGUCCAUUUUGCUCAAGAACAAAUAUCCAAAGCUCUUUCUGAUAAUCCAUGCUUGGUAUGCAGGGACCUUAGUAGUGGUCAAGAAUUAUUGGCGAUUCCUGUUACCAAUGAAUAUGACGAUCCUCCUAUUGCACCUAAUGGCUUUACAUAUAUAAAAUCAUUGCAACUUGCGGAAAAUAUAGAAUUUCCACCUAAUGACUUUGGAUGCAAAUGCAAGGGGAAUUGUAGAUAUAGUUGUCGUUGUGCCAAACUUAAUGGUUUGAAUUUCCCUUACGUUAAUCGAAAUGGUGGCAGGUUGACCGAAGCUAGAAACGUUGUGUUUGAAUGUGGUUCAAAUUGUGGUUGCGGACCCAAUUGUCGCAACAAAGUAUCUCAAACGACUAUAAAGUAUCGGCUUGAGGUUUAUCGCACAUCCCAAAAAGGAUGGGCUGUUAGAACAUGGGAUUUUGUUCCUUCUGGUGCACCAGUUUGUGAAUACGUUGGCAUACUUAGAAAAAGCAACGAGUUGGAUGAUGAGGCAGAGAACGAAUAUAUAUUUGACGUUGAUUUCUUGCAAACCAUUAAAGGGGUAGACGGACGACAAAAACGGGCACCCAAUGCAUCAUUGCCUAUAGACGUUUAUGUUGAAGAGCAGGAUGAUGAGACAAUGGAGGAUGAGCCUGAGUUUUGUAUAGAUGCUGGAUCUUAUGGUAAUGUUGCAAGAUUUAUCAACCACAGUUGUGAGCCAAACCUCUUUGUUCAAUGUGUUUUGAGCUCCCAUUUUAAAGUUGGACUAGCUCGGCUGGUACUGUUUGCUGGACAAAACAUACAUCCUUAUGAGGAACUCACAUAUGACUAUGGUUACAAGCUUAACAGUGUUACUGAUCGGGAUGGAAAUAUCAAGCAGAUGCCUUGUUAUUGUGGUACUGCAGAGUGUCGUAAGCGCUUAUACUAG